UUGGUUUUCUAGGCUGUAAUGUAAACAAAAAUGGAGGAGGAAAGCGAAGAAAAUUUGACAUUAACACCAGAUUCUCCUAAAUCUCCCACUGUUUUACCUUGGGAUAGAUUUUCCAACUGGCUUCAUUGCGCCUGUGUAGUUACUUUUGAUUUAGAAUUAGGGCAAGCCAUGGAGAUUAUCUACCCAAGUCAUAUCAGGAUGACAGAGAAAGAAAAGAUGAAUAUUUGCUAUCUGUCAUUUCCUGACUCAAACUCAGGUUGUAUGGGAGAUACACAGUUCCAUUUCCGUAUUAGACAAUGUCCCGGUAGAAAACAUGUCAACAAGUCCCAUAUAGAAUAUAACAGAGAUUGUCCUAUACAGCUCAAGUCUGAUGAAGCCCAUUAUUACGGCUUUGUGUAUUUCCGGCAGACCAAAGACAGAUCAAUACGACGGGGUUACUUUCAAAAGUCUGUUGUGCUGAUCUCUCGACUGCCAUUUGUAGCUCUGUUCUCUCAACUAGUCAGCAUUAUUGCCCCUGAAUACUUCGAAAACGGUGAACCAAGUCUCGAAGCAGCCUGUCAUGACAUAGAUCAAUGGGGACCGCCAGUUCCAGGUGAAACAAUGAAUUUACCAAUAUUUGGUACAGUUCUGCAGGUCAGAAUCCCAUCCCGCAGUGAUAAAUUAGUCGGUACUCAACACUCUAGAUCUCAAGCAGCGCCUAUACUGCCAGCCCAAAGUAUAUUACCAUCUUUGUUUGAAGUAGAUAUCUACAGUGCAUUUCAAAGUAUAUUACCUCAUGUACAGAUGUUAUGGGAGCUUGCCCUCACGGGCGAGCCCCUGGUUGUCAUGGCAGCUUCACCAUCUGUCACAUCAAACACAGUGCAAUCUCUUGUCAGCUUGAUUUCUCCACUUCAUUACUGUUCAGAUUACCGGCCUUAUUUCACCAUACAUGACAGUGAGUUCAAAGAAUAUACUACUAAAACUCAAGCCCCACCUCCAGUUAUAUUAGGGGUGACAAAUCCUUUCUUCGCAAAAACAUUACAACAUUGGCCACACAUUAUCAGGAUUGGGGAAAUGUCGGGAGAAGGGAUGGAAGGCAAUGAAGUUUUAGCUGCAGUGCCAAAGGGUUUCAACAAAUUGAAGAAAGCAAGCUCACUGAAAACAUUAGAUUGCAAACCAGGGGUAUACACAAGGUAUAAGCCUUUCCUGUUAAAAGAUAAGGGUAUUCUCAAGAGAUUAAUCAAGGGCAUGCAGUCAAAGAGGCCAGUUGAAGCACAAAACGCGAUAUUACGGCGACAUUUCCUCGAACUUACUCAGAGCUUCAUGAUUCCAUUGGAAAGAUAUAUGGCAAGCCUGAUGCCUUUACAACGAAAUAUUUCACCUCACAAGGGGCCUCCAAGUUUACGACAGUUUGAUGCAGAUGAGUUCAUAAAGACAUUAGAUCAAGCAGGGCCUAACCUGACCUCUGGGGUCAAAGGUGACUGGGAAGGGCUGUACAGGAAGUUCUUCCGUUCACCAAACUUUGAGGGCUGGCUGUACCACCGACAAUAUGAAGUUAAUCAAAAGCUCCAAGUGCUACAUAUGGAAGCAUUAUGUUCGGCAAAUUUACUGGACUGGAUCCAAGAUAAAGAGGAAGUUGAGAUUGUAGACUUAGUUCUCAGAAUCAGGGAGAAAUUGAAAUUUGCUACAAAUAACAGCAUAGCAGUAAAGCCAGAAAGUAUUAAUAAACUUGAGAAACAUUUGAAAGGCAUUAUCUCCUCCCUACCUGAAGAUCUACAGUCAGUACUCAACACUUGAUAUUGAACCUAAAGGACAGAUAAAAAGACCUAAAGUGCUGUUUCAAACGGUCAAGACUGGAACUUGAGUUCUGAAGUCAAGAUUGUGAAAAUCAGCUUGAGAGAAUAUUUUUGCCAAGUUGAACUCGCAAAAUAAUGUAACACUGAAAUAUAUUAGCUUGAUUUUUAACAAGAAGCAGAAAUAUGUCAUGCUGAAUGACAUGUGAUACACAAGAUAAUCAAGAGAUCCCAGGACACGCUCAUUUCAUAGUUGCUUUUGUCACAGUGAUUAGUAGGUAAAAUGAUAUAAAGUACACUGAAGUGAUUUAGAAAUGCCUCAGGUAUAGAAUUGAAAUAAUUUGUUACAGGAAGAAUUUCCUAAUGUUUAAAUUUAUCAUUUGUGAAUAAUCAAUCAGAUGUAAAUUUUUCUUUGCUACUGGGAGAAUAAUUACUUCUCAUGAAGCUUGUAUUUGGAUUGAUUUUAUGCAGAUGUGCAGAGAUUCCGUCAUCAUUAACAAAUAUCAAAUAUUUGUAGAAGUCUUUCAUUGUUGCAGGAUGUAUAUAUUGACCGAGAUUUCCAAUUAUGUAAGGUUGAGUUGACGUUUUUCAUGUUCCAAAAUGUUUAAGAUAGGUAAUAUUGAGGUAGUUAAACUUCAACCUGCUGGUGGCAAGUGAGUCUGCCUUUGCAACCAGUGCAGACCAUGCUCAGCCUGCACAUCCGUGCAGUCUGAUCAUGGUCUGCACUGUUGACUAUUCAGUCAGUAAAUUUUCAGUUAAAACCCAUUCAAGUGAUAAAUGGUACUGCCCAAAUAUAAUGAUGGACCAGUCCAUUAUAAUAGAAAUUUAGCAGGCUAAAGGUUAAAAUGCUAAUGUGGUUUUGUCACAUUCAGAGCUCUACAUUGCAGCAUACACACUAUACCUUUUUCGACUCUCACAUGUUUAACUUUGUCUGGUUAUAACGCUGCAAAGAAUAUGUCGAUAACAAUUUUGAUAAAAUAGAUUCUUAAUUUCAGAAAAAAAAUCGGGCAGUUUUGAAGAUGGCUGUUUGUGAGUUUGUAUCAACUUCAGCAUGAAGUAAUGGUUAAGUUUAUAAGUGCAAGCUGUGAACCUUUGAUUUUUGUAUGACAAGAAGUACAAUACAAACUCCACAUGUACGUGUGACAAUAGUCCAGCCUUAAGUAGCACAGAAAAACCCACCAUACUUAAUCGGAUUUAAUGAAUAUUCAUAAAUCAGCAUAAAAAAUUUGCAUACGUGAAAGAAUGAAAUGUUUGCCAUAUAUAAAUGAGGCAUUUUUAAUUACCAUCAGUGUGUUUGUAGCAUUUAGUGAUGUGCAUUUUGUCACUAUAUAAUUGAUUACACAAACAGCUUUGUUUUGUAUUUCAUACCAUAUUUGUUCAUUAUGGACACACCUUGAGAUUAUAUUUGUUCAGUCAUACAAACAAAUGAAAAUUCCUACCCAAGUUUGAUACUGACAAGCCUUAACCUUUAGCCUGCUGGCCACAAGUGAUUCUGCCUUUGUGACCAGUGCAGACCAAGAUCAGCCUGCACGUCAUGGUCUGCACUGUUCGCUAUUAAGUCAGUAAAUUUUCAGUGAACACCCCUUCAGAUAAUAAAUGCUGUUUCCUUAAUUGGAUGAUGGACCAAUCCAUUUUAGAAAUUUGGCAGGCUAAAGAUUAAAUUUACAUUUUUUUUUUCAAUAGUUCUGAUAUGUAUACACAUUGAAUUGACUUGGAAAAUAACAAGUUUGGUUUUUAUGAAAGAAAAUAUUUAAUUUUUAGAAAAAUAAAUUAUACAAGAUGGUUGUAUUAUUUUUAUCUCAACUGAUUAUUUAAUCUGUGAGGUAUUGUUGUCACUUUGAAUUAUGUCCCUUUUUAACUUUGAAAAUUGAUAUUUCUUAAUUACAUUUUUUGUUUAUGUCCAUAUAGCUUUGAAAGUUUAUACAUUUCUUAUAAUAUCAGCAGUAGGUGAGUUUGAAGGGCAAGAACCAUAACUUUUAACUUGCAUAUUGCCUAAUGCCAAGCUUUUAAAGAUAGUUGUUGUCGUCCCCAAGCAGUGCUCUUGUUCUUUUUACUGACUGAUGCAUUUAAUAUAUAUUUUUGAAAAAUGUUAACUUUAAUUGUGAGUUUGAAGAGAGUGAAAGCUUUUUUAGAGCUUAAAGCUCUUCAGUACAUGCCAGGAAGGGUAUAAUUUCUUUUGAAUGCACAGAUCAUUGUUGAGACUAGUUAGACAGGGUAAAUCAGGUCAGAGUUCAUGAAGUCCGUGUUGUUUUGUGAGAUGUGGGUACAGUUGUCUGCAGAUAUCAGGUUGUGUAGUAUCUGCAGUUAAGUCUAUUUGUUUACAUUUACAUUUGAAACUUCCCAUGUUCCUAUACUUGGUCAAUGUAUCUUUCAGACAAAGUGAAAACCAUUAUAGAAUAUAUAUCAUGCCCAUUCAGACCAUUAUUUUGGCAACCAGGGCUCACACAGUCCUUGAAAAGUCCUUGAAUUUGAUGCAAGUCUUUGGAAACUAAAACUAAAAAAAAAACUGAAAAAGGUACUUUAAUUUUGAAAGCAGUUGCUCAAAUUUUACUCGAGACUCCUUGAAAAACAUUGACAGCAACCUUGUUUGCAGAAAAAAAUUCUGAAAAACAUAAUAGAAAAAAUGAAAAAGAAAGUACGGUAUUUGGUCACUAACUUAACCUGCUGUGCACCAGUAGUAUUCAUGAGUAGAAGUGUGUGACUGCAUUUUAUCACAGUUUACAAUGAGUGCAAUUUCUUCUGUAACAAUGUUUGUGGAAGUAUUUGAUAGAAGUUGUUUGGACUAAGAUUUCAAGAUAUGGUUUCGAGAAAACUAGUCCUUAAACAAGUACAUGAAAGUACUUGAAAAUUCCUUGCGAAGUACUGGAAUUUCAAAUCAGAUGUUUUGUAGGAACCAUGGGCAGGAAUUCAUUAAAAGCAUAUCUUUGGAAAUUAAUGAAUCAGUUGUCCAUUCAGAACCAUGAUUGAUGGAAAUCAAAAUGUAAAAAAAGGAACAUGCCAAGUGUUGAAAUUUUAACAUCUUGCAUUUGAUAUACAAUUUGAAAAGUGUAUAAGCUAAAGUAAUGAAGUUGGAAACUAGAGUUCAGUUAUGUGAAACAGAUAAUCAAUGUUUGUUUUGCAUCAGAUUUGUUUUUCCUAACAUGUACUUUAAUAUUCUUCUUUACCAGUUUUACACCUUUGUGAAUUCACCUUUCAAACAAAUUUGUGCAACACCAGGUUUGUGCAGCAUUUUGAGAGAUUGACAAAGUUGUUUCUCCUGAAAAAAAAAAAAUGUGCCAUCAGUUCCUAACUUUGAAUGGAGACCAAAGAUAUGUGUAUAACCAUGCAUUAUGCUCAUUCUGUUCAUAUUUUUGAUGAUAAUUGUAUAUUUGACAUGUAUCUGUGAAUGUGCUGCUCAAAGAUAUUGUAAUAGUGAAUACAAGGUGUAUUUUAAUGAUUUUGUAUAUUGAUCAGAAUAUGCUGCAGUAACUCCAGUUUUAGGGUAAAUGAAAUGAUUUGUCUGAUUGCUUCUUAUAACAGUAUCAAGGUGCCAAAUCAUUGCCUCAGUGCUAAACUGUAUGAGCCGCGCCAUGAGAAAACCAACAUAGUGGCUUUGUGACCAGCAUGGAUCCAGACCAGCCUGCGCAUCCACGCAGUCUGGUCAGGAUCCAUGCUGUUCACUAACCGUUUCUCUAAUAGUAAUAGGCUUUGAAAGCGAACAGCAUGGAUCUGGAUCCUUGCUGGUCGCAAACCCACUAUGUUGGUUUUCUCAUGGCGCGGCUCAUAUCUGUUUUUUAGCUCGACUAUUCAUAGAAUAGUAGAGCUAUUGGACUCGCCCAUGCGUCGGCGUCCGCGUCCGCGUCCCGAUUUGGUUAAGGUUUUGUAUGUAUGCUGGUAUCUCAAUAACCACUUGUGGGAAUGGAUUGAAACUUCACACACUUAUUCACUGUGAUAAACUGACCUACACUGCACAGGUUCCAUAACUCUAUUUUGCUUUUUUACAAAAUUAUGCCCCUUUUUCGUCUUAGAAAUUUUUGGUUAAGGUUUUGUAUGUAAGCUGAUAUCUCAGUACUUACUAAUUGGAAUGGAUUGAAACUUCACAUACUUGUUCACUGUCAUGAUCUGACAUGCACUAAGCAAGUCCCAUAACUCUGCUCUUUUCUUUUUCAAAAUUAUGCCCCUUUUUCGACUUAGAAAUUUUUAGUUAAGGUUUUGUAUGUAAGCUGGUAUCUCAGUAACCACUUGUGGGAAUGGAUUGAAACUUCACACACUUAUUCACUGUGAUAAACUGACCUACAUUGCACAGAUUCCAUAACUCUAUUUUACUUUUUUACAAAAGUAUGCCCCUUUUUCGACUUAGAAAUUUUUGGUUAAGGUUUUGUAUGUAAGCUGGUAUCUCAGUACUUAAUAAUGGGAAUGGAUUGAAACUUCACAUACUUGUUCACUGUCAUGAUCUGACAUGCACUAAGCAAGUCCCAUAACUCUCCUUUUUUUUUUUUCAAAAUUAUGUCCCUUUUUUUGACUUAGCAGUUUUUGGUUAAGUUUUUGUAUGUAAGCUGGUAUCUCAGUAUCCACAAAUUGGAAAAGAUUGAAACUUCACACACUUGUUCACUGUCAUGAUAUGACAUGCAGUACAGAGGUUCAAUACCUCUACUUUGCAUUUUACAAAAUUAUGCCCCUUUUUCAACUUUUGUAUUAAUUCAAUUGACAAGGCUGUUGAAUAGUCGAGCGUUGCUGUCCUCCGACAGCUCUUGUUUUUUUUUUAAUAAUACAGCUUGAUUGAUUCAUGCUGAGGAAAUUAAAUAUUCAACAUUUUAUAUGAUGUUUUUUAAAUGUAAUCAAUUAGUUUCAUGUCCCAUAUGGUUUGUGAUUUAAUUAGUAUAGAUUUUAUAUUUUACUGUGCUUAUUGUAAUAAGUAUUUUAAGGCUAAGGGUUGAAUGAAUUUAAGAGUAGAGAUUUGAGUUGAACUGCAAUGUGCAUGUAGAAAUAAGCUUUAUCCAGCUGGCGGCAAGUGGUUUUGCCUUUGCGACCAGUGCAGACUGCACUGUUCGCUAUUCAGUCAGUAAAUUUUCAGUCAACACCCCUUGAGAUAAUAAAUGAUACUGCUCAGAUUGAAAGAUGGACCAGUCCAUUUUAGAAAUUUAGCAGGCUAAAGUUUAAUACAAGAGUUGUGUUCAAACGGAUUAUGUUGGUGAUUUUUUUUUUUGAUUAAUGGAAUAAAAUGUAAGAUGCUUAUAAAUCAUUCAUAUUUUUAUAUUUCAAAGAUGUAUUUGCAGUUAAAAUGUAAGUUAGAUGUGCAGUUGUACUUAGAUAUUAUGCUCCUUUUAAUUGAACAGUAAUAUUGUCAACUGAUGAAUAUACUUUCAUCCUAGACAGAGUGGAGACUGACAGUCUUGUUUGAAGUCAUAUAAAAGGGAAUUUAAAUCUGAUAUAUGCAAAUACUUUGCUAAACGGUGAAAUAUCAACCUUCAGAAAAUAGACAGAAAUCUCUCUUGAUCUCUGAAGAUUUCUUAUGUAUGCUAUGUCGAAAAUGACUGUUCCAUAGCUUGAUGUUUUUAGAUAUAAGACGUAAUAAGUAAAUUAGCUCAUAUUAAUAGACUUUUGUGUAAAACUGUACCAGAAAUGAAUUUUAACAAAACUGAGAAUGGUUCUUCUCUCUGUUAUAUAAGAAUAUAACAAGUUAUUGAAAAUUAUGAAAUGACUAUAAUUGGAUUAUAGUAAAAUCUGUCAAGGAAAACAAGAGCAGGAAUUUGUGCUAGUGUUAAAGAAAUACAUUAUUUUUAGCUCGACUUUGCAAAGUAAAUGGAGAGCUAUCCUACUUGCCCCAACAUCACGGUCUGUGUCCACACCUUGGUUAAAGUUUUGGUGCACUUUCACUCUGUCUCUGUUAUUGCUAGAUAGAUUUGAUUUAAACUUGAAAUCCUUGCUCCACAUCAUCACCCACAUCAUAUGACACAAGGUCUAUAACUCUUGCACCAAUUUUUCAUUAAUUAUGCCCCCUUUUUACUAAGAAUUUUAGCUUAAUUUUUGAUGCAGUUUCACUAUAUCUCUGAUGUUACUUAACUGAUUUGAUUAAUUGACAAACUUAAAAUUGUUAUUCUACA